GGGGACAGCGGGGACGCGAUGGCGGUGGCACCCAGCGGGAGGCUGCGGCGCUGCCUGCUGCUCCUGGCUGUCACCUGCGGCGCCACUUUUGUCCCCUCGCCAGCGCAGGCUUUGCAGAGGAUCGCCCUGCGGAGGAUGCCCUCCAUCCGCCAGACGCUGCGGGAGAUGGGCGUGAAGGUGCGGGACGUGUUCCCCGAGCUGCGCCGCGCCACCCACGCGGGAGGGGACGGUCCCCGCAACGGGACAGCCCCCACGCUGCUCACCAACUACCUGGAUACCCAAUAUUUCGGCGAGAUCAGCAUCGGGACCCCCGCGCAGACCUUCAAGGUGGUCUUUGACACGGGCUCGGCCAACCUGUGGGUGCCGUCCUACAAGUGCUCCCCCCUCUACAGCGCCUGUGUGUCCCACAGCCGCUACGACUCCUCCAAGUCGCGCACGUACAUCGCCAACGGCACCGGCUUCGCCAUCCGCUACGGCACCGGCAGCGUCAAGGGCGUGCUCAGCCAGGACAUCGUCAUGGUGUCGGACAUCCCGAUCAUCCAGGUGUUCGCCGAGGCCACGGCGCUGCCCGCCUUCCCCUUCAUCUUCGCCCGCUUCGACGGCGUGCUGGGCAUGGGCUACCCCAGCCAGGCCGUGGACGGCAUCACGCCCGUCUUCGACCGCAUCCUGGCGCAGCACAUCCUCCAGGAGGACGCCUUCUCCGUCUACUACAGCCGCGCUUCCAAGAAUGCUCCCCUGAAGGCCGGCGGGGAAAUCAUCCUGGGCGGCAGCGACCCAGCCCAUUACAGCGGUGACUUCCACUACCUGAACGUCAGCAGGAGCGGCUUCUGGCAGAUCCGCAUGAAGGGGAAGGAACAACGUGGCCAAGCGGGGGUGCGCAGCUGGGGACACCAGGACCCUCCCGCUGUCCCCUCCAUCACCCCGCGGGUCUCCUUGUGGCAGCAAUCGCAGUACGGCGAGGACGUGUGCGUGGUGGCUUUCUCCGGGCUGGACAUCCCCCCUCCGGCCGGUCCCCUCUGGAUCCUGGGCGCCACCUUCAUCGGUCACUACUACACCAAGUUCGACCGGCGCCACAACCGCAUCGGCUUCGCCACGGCCCGCUGAGCCCCGGGGGCCGGGGGGGCUGCGGGGAACCGGCCCGGGGGGUGCAGCAGCUCCGGCAAGCAGCGAGAGAACAGCAGCGAGAGAACAGCAGCGAGAGAACAGCAGCGAGAGAACAGCAGCUGCCCCGCAGCUCUGCCGCCCCCUCCUCCCCAAAGCCCCCCGCACCCCCGCGCUGCUCCCGGGAGCCGAGCCCGGAGCGAUCCCAGCGGGAUCCCGCGGCCGGAGCGGCCCCUCCGGGCUCUUUUUGGGCCAUGUGCGAUGGAGGGCAGGAGCAGCGCACCGGGAUUUGCUGCGGGUGCGGCUGAGGGGCGCUCUGGGACUGUUCGUGUUGCUCCUAAAUUCGGGGCAAUAAUCGGUGUUUGAGGAUGGUUUGAGCCGGUG